AUGGAGUACGGAGCAAACGUCGACGAGUUGAGAUCGUGGAAUGAGAAUGAGAUGGGUGGUCUGGGACUCGUUCGUGUUGCUCUGCGGAUGCACGGAUGGACAGGUCACGUGCUCAAGGAGUGGCUGGCUUUCAACCUCCACCCUAUCUCUCCCUGGGUAUUUAUUGCCGUUGAGCAACGCCCGGUCUUUAAAAUGCUCAGCCAAUUGUCCAGGGCCUCGGUACGCUCUCACCCCCUCGUCUCUUUCGUGCGCUUGAUUGAUGUUGUCGCUUUGGCAAUGGAACCUUUGCCAGCAGGUGGCCUCCCCUUGCUGACACACUACCCUCUGCAGCGCGCCAGCUCGGCCAUCGCCGCCGCCGCUCGGCUUUCGAGAAAGACAGUCCAGACGAGGACCUUCAUCGUGCCCACCAUAUCCCGACGAGCCGACUUCGUUCAGGAGCUCUACCUGAAGGAGCUCAAGGCCUAUAAGGUCCCCCCCGUCAAGGAGUCCGAUGCCGAGGGCCAGGUCCAAACAUUCACCAUGCCCAAGACACCCGCCUCCCCCGAGGAAGCCGAUCUCGCCGGCAGCCUCAAAGAGUACGAAAACAUGGCCGUCGAGAUCGAGGGCCAGGACCCCUCCGCACAGACCAAUGCUCACGGUGCCGCCGUCCUCCCAGACUGGCUUGAGGCCGAGGAGGAGGAGGCUCAUGGCCACUAA